UAUAGCAUACAAGGUUGUGAAAAAAAAAAAAAACGUAUACAGAAUAUUUGGAGACUAGAACCCAUAGAAUCUAUAACAGCUGAGCAUAUCGUCAGACGUGAACCUAACUCCAAUCGUGAAAGCUGAGCCAGUAAAGUCAACUCUAAGAGUGAAAUCCUCUCGGCACAAUUUCUCAGCGCCGACGAUCACAUUUCCACAUGCACCAGAUGGGCAUGUGGCCAAUCGAAUAUGUGACUGUCUUUGGCAAAAGGAGGAGGGGGGGGGGUACCAAACGAUAUGAUUGACAGCAUGUACCCGAUUAGUAAAACGUUGUACACUCGCCUGGUGACCCUCUGCAUAUACUUUUUACAACACACAACCUGCGAGCGAUGCCUGCAGUCAAUCUGCCGCAGUGGAAUCGGAAAUGGCAUGCUGCGCCGAUUGUCACGUAUCUCGAUCAGCAAAGGCGGUACUUCAGCAUGAUGAAGUUCUUCUUCGCAGCCGUACAGCAGGAUUAGCUCAACGACAGACUUGUAAAGUAUGAAUUUGAUGCGGAAGCUAACACUUCUGCUGUCUCAAAUUUUGUUGAAGCCUGGACAUCGCCGCUGCUGCUGCCGCGAUCCUGAUGCAGGUUCCACCUUCCCACCUUUGUCUCCUGGAACCCCGAGACUGUACAGUAUGAGAUUCUGUCCCUUUGCUCAGCGUGCACGCCUUGUUCUAGCACACAAACGGGUUCACUAUGAAACAGUCAACAUAAACUUGAAGAACAAGCCAGAAUGGUUCUUGGAGCGGAAUCCAAAAGGCCUGGUGCCAACAUUGGAGGAUGAUGGGAAAGUGGUAUACGAGUCGCUCAUAGUCUGUGAUUACCUGGAUGAUAUAUACCCUCAUCCACGGCUGACUCCAGCUGACCCAUUCCAGAAAGCUCUGGAUGCCAUGUUUUUGGACUAUUUUAAUAAUAUGGUUUCACCCAGCAUCUUCAAACUCCUUAGAUCUGAUGGAAAAGAUGAAGAAGCAAAGAAUAAACUUUGGAAUGGUCUGCAAAACAUAUGUGAUGAACUGUCAAAAAGAGGAAAUUUCUUUGGAGGUAAUCAUGUGGCAAUGCUGGAUUUUAUGAUGUGGCCAUGGAUAGAGAGACUUGAUCAGCUGGGAAGACAAGAUCCAUUAUUUGCCCCAGGUAGUGGAAAAUUCUUAGAACUGUUUACCUGGAUCCAGAUAAUGCAAACACUUCCAGCAGUCAAGGAAACAAGCAUGAGCCCAGAACUGUACAUUGAAUUUGGAAAGACAGCAAUGGAUCUUCAUCCACUGUAUGACCUUGGGCUUGACCUGUGAAGAAUAGUGAGGAGGGAGCUACAAAGCCCUCAUCCU